AUGGCGGCGGCUCAAGUGAUUUCGAAUUCGGGGCACGAAGACAUGAUUCAUGAUGCUGGCUUAGAUUACUAUGGCCGCAGGUUGGCCACCUGCUCAUCCGAUAAGACGAUUAAGAUCUUCGAGAUUGAAGGAGAAUCACACCGCCUGGUGGAGACCCUGAAGGGUCACGAAGGUGCUGUGUGGUGUGUCGCAUGGGCACACCCCAAGUUUGGCACGAUUCUGGCCUCCUCCUCGUACGAUGGCAAGGUCUUGAUCUGGCGCGAGCAACCGCACAACGCGACCUCCCCCGCUAGCGGCAGCUCCUGGACCAAGGUCUUCGAUUUCUCCCUGCACACCGCUUCUGUGAAUAUGGUAUCUUGGGCCCCGCACGAGAGCGGUUGUCUCCUUGCCUGCGCCUCUUCCGACGGUCACGUCAGUGUCCUUGAGUUCCGGGACAAUGCCUGGACCCACCAGACGUUCCAUGCCCACGGUAUGGGUGUGAACUCGAUCAGCUGGGCUCCUGCAGCCUUUGCAGGCAGCCUGAUCAGCUCCAACCCUGGACCUGGCCAGCAGAGACGGUUUGUGACUGGUGGAAGUGACAACCUUAUCAAGAUCUGGGACUACAGCGCCGAAACCAAGACCUACAACCUCAUUCAGACCCUGGAGGGCCACUCAGACUGGGUCCGGGAUGUGGCCUGGUCGCCCAGCAUUCUGUCCAAAUCGUACAUUGCCUCGGCCUCGCAGGACAAGACCGUCCGGAUCUGGACCUCCGACGCUUCCAACCCCGGCCAGUGGACUAGUCAAACACUCGAGUUCGAUACUGUUCUGUGGCGCGUGAGCUGGAGUUUGAGCGGUAACAUUCUUGCCGUUAGCGGUGGGGACAACAAGGUCAGCUUGUGGAAGGAGAAUUUGAAGGGCGAGUGGGAGAAGGUCAAGGACAUUGAGGAGUAA